CUGGAAAGGCGUUGGGCUACGACCUGAUAAGUAACCCGGACCUGGUUGCCACGGACUCUACGCACCCUCUCCUUCAAGACCGCCCUGUGGUUCUGGAUGACCCCUCAGGGGUCCAAACCCUCGUGCCACGACGUGGUGGCAGGGCAAUGGACCCCGUCGGCGGCUGAUACAGCGGCCGGGCGUGUCCCAGGCUACGGGCUGGUCACCAACAUCAUAAACGCCGGGGUCGAGUGUGGUGGCAGCGGAGCUAGUGACAGAGUUGCGGACCAGAUCGGGUUCUACAAACGCUAUUGCGACAUUUUCGGUGUCGCCUAUGGGGAUAAUUUGGACUGCUCCAAUCAAACCCCUUAUACUCCACCAUAACACACACUCUAAUUCCUCAACUCCCAGAUGAAGAUAAAAUGAAGAAUCUUCACUUCGUGUUAAUAUAGUAAUGUAUACGUU